AUGGCGAAGGUUGCGACCGACUUUGAGCGCAUCAUCCAAGAAGGACGAGAAAGGAAGAAGAACGAGGCGCUGGCACAGAAGAUCUUCUCCAAGGAUAGACGGCAGAGCGCACCUACCAAGCUCAAGCCGGGCGCGGGUCCGUCGCUGGCGAGCAGAGUCGGCGUCAAGAAGCGCACCGCCUCUCUCGGUCCCAAGGCCCUCCCUGCGGGUAACAUCGAUGGCGACUGGACACACGACCUCCAUGGAACCGUGAACGGCGGCGGCAGGGGACGGAAUAAUGGUGGCAACCCCGGUGCUGGCGGCCUCGCGUCGCGUAUCUCGGCGCCCGGAGGUAGAACCGCGCCCGUUGGAGCUGCGGCGGCCAGACGAGGCGAUAGACGCGCCGAGCAGAAGGCCGCCAAAGUCGCCACAGCGAUUGAGCGCUCGGGUGGCAUGUCAGACGUCCAGAUGACCUUUUCCGCGCCCACCAACGCGCCGACCGGCCCCGCAGUGAAGAAGGGUCUUUCGAUCCGUGGCCUGGCAGGUCCAUUUGCGGUCAUGGCCCAGAACUUCGCGCCGGGGACUACGGCAGCAGAUAUCGAGAGUGCGAUGACGCCUGUCGGCGGGGAGAUGCUGAGCUGUCGGAUCAUCAAGACCAGCCCGCUCAUUGUGGCGGAGAUGGUGUUUGCAACCAAGGAGGGUGGAGACGCCGUCAUUGAAACGUUCAACAACCAAACGGCCGAUGGACGGAUCAUCAAGGUAUACCCCAAGCCCGGCGGCUACAAGGAACCCGUCACGACCAACGGCGCGCAUCCUGUGAACGUCCGGUCGACGUCGAACCACAUCAUCGACGGCACGAACGGAUUCCCCGAAGAGAUGGAGGAAGACGACCGCGGCCUGUACAGCGAUCGAAUCGUUGGCAGCGGCAACAGCAGCAGCACCAACCGCAGAGGCCGCGGCUCCUACCGCGCUGGCCGCAGAUGA